GCCCGCAGUUUGCUGCUGCCCGCCUCUUGCUUUAACGUCUUGGUAAAAAUCAGACACCUUCUCGAACCAUCCCCUGCCGCUUUUCAAUCCAUCAAUUGAAUUGUCUAUCUACUGCAUCUUGUAUUGUUGUUUCCGCGCGUCUACGCUCCUUUACUCACCAUCGGAUAGCCAUUUAUCGGCUGUUAUUCAAUUGCCUGCGCCCCCUCGAAAAGUUCGAGCGCGUCCAAGCUUUCUGAAAGCUGUCGCCUGGAAGAGACGUGCCACACUACGCCAUAACUCUCACGCACCUCCCCCUCCUCACUCUCACCUGUCUCUCUGUCGCGUGAUUCACAGCCAUCAAUCAUGGGCAGCUUCUUGUUCAAAUGGCCGCAUCCCGAUGCGAACGACGUCCAUGUCACCGGCACCUUUGAUGACUGGGGAAAGACCGAAAAGCUAAACAAAGUUGGUGACAUCUGGGAGAAAGAGGUGAAAUUGCCACAAGCCGACAAGAAGAUCUUGUACAAAUUCGUGGUUAACGACAACUGGGUGAUCGAUCCUGAAGCACCUCAAGAGGACGAUGGUCAUGGAAACCUGAACAAUGUUCUGUAUCCGGACCAAAUCAAAACCAAGUCCACGGAUGUCACCACCUCGAGCGCAGCUCCCCAGAGCACCACCGCAGCAAUGGCUGGUCAAGUCCCACUAGAACCAAGAAGAGAGGCUACCGAAGUCACACCCGCCAGCGAUUCCUCCCUCAACAAGGAAACCACUAAAAGUAGUCCCCCAGGUGCAUUCCCCGAAACACCUCAGCAUGAAUCUGACUCGUACGGCGUCAACCCACUCCCACCAACCGAGGGAGCUGGAAAUCCGGUGAACGUUCCGGCAGGCGAAAAGGUCCCUCCUCCGAAUCAGAUAACUUCUAAUAGCAUCUACUCCUCCGUCACUACCUCGGAGGGUGAUUACGAGAAAGCAGGCACCUCAGUGCCUUUCAUUGGAGGAGCCCUUGCAAGCCUUGGUUUGGCCGGAGGUGCAGCUGCGGCCUCGUCGGACAAGAAAGAAAAUUUGAUUCCCGAAUCCUCCCUGCCCAUGGGCGAAGGCGCUGUAACGGCACUCGAGGGAGCCGGGCCAACAAUCUCCUCGGCCGGGCCUACCUCGACCACCGCCGCCCUGGCUGGACAGGUUCCCCUAGAAGAGAGGAAGCCCGCCACAGUCGUUGAACAGGCCACUACGGAAACUGUGCCAGAGGUUGUCAAAGAUUCAAUCGCAGAGGCCCACACCUCUCCCGAAGCCACCACUUCUAACGAGGCUGUCAAAGAAAAGGCGGAGGUGGAACAAGAACUCUUGAAAAAGGUGCCCGAGACCGAGGAGGCGGGCGAACCUGCGCCAACAGUCGCAGCAGCCACUUCUGAGACUGCUCCAUCGCCGACUACCGGACCGUCGAGUGGUGCAAUCCCAGGAACAUCAUCUGUCGCGGCUGCCGCAGUCGCAGAUGGUGCCGAGGGUGGUGACACACAAAGUGAAGCUCCUAAGACCACCCACCCCGUGGAGAAGUCGGAAGGCGACACAACCGAAUAUGCUCCACCCCAUCGCACGGCGGGUGCUCCAGGUGUUUCUGGCUCGGCAGCCGCUGCAGUCUCAGAUGGUACAGAGGAUCCCACCCUUGCCGACGAACCUGCCGUUCGUAUGAUGAACCAGAAUGAUGCGGUGGCAACUGGAUCCAAAGAGGCUCCGAAAACAGAAGCUGCACCAGCAGCAACUUCGACUGGAACAGCCCCGGCAGCAGCUGCACACGAUGAGACUACCACAGCAGAAGCCCCAAAAACCGCGGCUACAGAGUCCAAGCAAGAUACAGCAGCAACUCCAUCUAGUGCCACUAGCACUCCUAAGAAAGCAGCUACCACCACACCCACUAGCAGUCCUGCAUCAGCCUCAAAGGAGAAGAAGAAGAAGAACCGAAUCAGUUCGUUGUUCAAGAAGAUUUUCGACUAGUGGGCCGGAUCAAUCCGUAUCUGGUUCCGCGAGCAACAGAUGGGCAGCAGGGGAAUGGCUUGUAUGUAAUUGUGCAGACAGAAGGAUAAGGGGAAGGGGUUGGAGUGCAUUGCGAGGCACGGCGCAUUGCUGGGUUUGGACAGCGGAUCCUUUGAUUUGGGUUUGUUUGUCUUGUAGAUAUCCCCUUCAGUUGUGUUCGUAUUGGGAGAGAUGAACUUUUCGUUUCGGUAAUGCUAAUCAUUGGUCUCGACGAAAUGUUUCUGGUGCUUUUCUAGAAGGGUUCUCGAAGGUGUGGACGAAGGUGUGGAAGCCGGCGGCCGAAUCCAGGUACGACAGGCACGGUUGACAAUGCCACCAGGGCCCAUCAUGGCAUAACAGGCUACUCGGACACAGUUACCACUUGAUCUGGAGGACCGGCCACGUCAAUCGUUUCCAUGCCCGGUCGCAUCAUCUGAACAGUCCAGCAGAUCUAAAUCCUUCUGGCGAAGCUUCUUCAUGCCAGGUUGAUC